CGGAAGAAUAUAAGUGCGACCGCCACGUAGUACAGCUGCGGCUCCGUUAUACAUGUAGAAGCGGCUCCUCCAAUCGGCGUAGCUUGGAAACGUGUAGUGCUGUGCCGGUCGCGUAAGCCAGUCAGCUCUGGAUCACAAGAGACGCCGUAUGUUAGUGUCCCAUUCUUCAGGCCGUAGUGUAGCCACGUUUCUCUGUUGAUCUCAGAAAAGCCAAAAACCAAAGAAAGAUGCUUUCGCUCCUGCUGCUGAGUCUGCGCUCUCUUCUGGUAUCUGCAUCGCCGGAUGUCGAUGAUGACGGUGUGGGUAUCGAGGACGAGGUGCCCAAGGGUGGCAUCCCCUUCCCAGGUGGCAAGAUGCCGAGUCCCGACGAGCUGCUAAAAAUGCUGGACUCGAUGUCCGGUCUCUCGGACGAGGACAAGGCUGCCCUACGCGCUGACCUUCUGAAGCAAGCCCAGGGCGGUGCAGGAGCUUUUGAAGAGGAGGCUUCCCAGCACCUCGCCACGUCGUUUUUCACGUCUCAGCUGUUCAUCCUGUUGGCUAUGCUGACCAUCAUCAGUUUGAUCUUUGUGUUCUUCGGUUAUAAGCUGUACAAAAGUCUUUCGGAACGUGAAAGGAAAAGGGAAGAGAAGAAGAAAAACAAACAGAUGAAGAAGAAGAAGUAGAUAAAAGUCGAGUUUUUUUUUUAAUUGAAUGUUUUGUGUGAACUGAUGUUGCAUUUUCGAUAAAAAUUUAUGCAACAGUGACUGGUGUACAAUAAAACAACAUUCCUUAUAUUUAAUUUUAACAAUAUUUUGUUAUUAAAGAUGCAUAUAUUUAUAAGAAA